AUGUCUACUCCGACGUUCCCUCUCUUCGACCUCCCAGAGGAGCUCAUCCUCAGCGUCCUAGAUUUCAGCGAACCCCGCGAUCUCGCGGCUUUUAUCAGAGCGUCCCAUGAAUCCCGGCGAAUCGGUCACUCUGCCCUCUAUUCUAGCUGCCGACCCAUCAUGGAAAAGCAAAAGGCCUUCCUCUGGGCCGCUGAGAACAAUCAGCCGAAGCUCCUUGAGUAUCUUACUAGGGAUAUCCUCCCAAUCAUUAAGAAAGACGAAUCCUUUAGAAACAUUGCACUUCUCAACGCUGCCCGCAGUGGCUGCUGCGAAGUAGCCACCCUCCUGCUCGACAACGGAGCCAAGCCCUACAUGGACCCCUUCAUGGAAGCCGUCAGCAAGGAUAAGCUGGAAGUCAUCAAGCUCUUUGUCACCCGCGGGGCGAAGAUCGAGCAGUUCCCCAAUCAUCCGAUAGACCACGGGAUUUAUGUCCGCCUGGGCAAAGACAACAUCCUACACUUUGCAGCGAUGGAGGGCGCAGCCAGCGUCGUGGAAUACAUCCUAUCCUCCGACUUCGGCCUGAACAUCAACAGCGUUGACCCCUUCAACUACACGCCCCUCAUGAAAGCCGUCCAGGGGUCCCACGCCACCACCGUCGCCAUCCUCCUCAAGCACGCCGCAGACACAGAGAUCCCCACAGCCGGAGGCCUUACGCCCCUGUCGUACGCCGCCGCACAAAAACCCACCGGGAUAGUCAAACAGCUUCUUGACGCGGGCGCCAACAUCCACGUUUGCCAGGGAGGCGAAAGCCCGCUCGUCAGCGCCGUUAUAUGGAACGCGAUGUACCACCCCAACGCGGGCAGCGACAGGAUCGCAGAUUCCCACCGCGCCCACGCCACAAUCCGGCUUCUCCUCGACCGCGGCGUAGACAUCAACCACCCCCGAUCCUUCCGCCACAAGAAGGAUACGGCGCUGCACCUUGCCGCCGCCGCAGGCGACGCCGACAUGGUCCGCCUCUUACUUUCAUACAAGCCCAGCCUCGACGUCACCGACACCCUCGGCGCAACGCCCCUGGCCUACGCGACGCGGUUCCCGGCUGUCGUCGAGCUGCUCCUUGACGCGGGGGCCUCGCUCUGCAGCGCCGACACGCCCGGCACAAACUACCCGCUUUGCAUGGCCGUUGUUAAGAAACACACGGCCUCCGCGCGGCUGCUGAUUGCGCGGCGGCCCGAGGGCAUCGACGGGACGGACCCGAUGGGGCGCUCGCCGCUGGCGCUUGCGGCGUGCUGGAACCGCAGGAAAUUGAUGGGGAUGCUUGUCAAGGCCGGCGCGGAUCUUGACAAGCGGGACUGCGUUGGUAGGACACCUCGUUUUGAGUUUAUCCACGCCUCAUCAGAAUUCCUCGGGUGUGCGGACAAGAAGAGGCUUUAUCCUAAGGACCUGUAUGGCCGCUGGAAAUCAAUCAUGGAGAAGAAUGACAUUCAUGAUUACACUAACGACGAUAGCAGUGAUGACGAAUAG